AUGUUGUUUGAAAAAACGAUUAUUCCUAAAAGACUUUUUUCCAGCUAUUUAGGAAUAUUACAAAGGCAAAACCCGGCUAUUACACAAGCUUACAUUAAUUUAUUUGCACACCCAUGCUUUGAUCCAAUCAGAAAUCAUAUUCCAAUCACGUUUGAGAAUAUGGAUCCUUAUACAGUCUCUCAAAAAGUUGGUGAAUCGUUAAAAUCUAUCAGUUCAGUUACAAGAGAACAGUCUGCCUUAAUUCAUAAUAAAUUGAUUGAAGAUUUAAGUCAAUAUGAAUAUGGAAUUGCUUCAAUCCACUCUCGUCAUUUAAAAGACAUUAACAAAUCUGUAUCAAAUGAGGCUUUGAUUGCUAUGUUGAAAUAUAAUCCAGGCAGAGUAAACAGUUCAUGGGAAUUAUUUAUUAAACAUAUGGAUAUCUAUGAAAAGUAUAUACCAGAUGAUGUUUUGUUAACUGUUUUACAUAAGGUGGUAUAUUUUGAUCCUGUAGAUAUUAAAGAUGGUAAAAAGACUCUUGAUUUAUUUGAUUUGAUACAUUCUAUACUGAUUAUAAAUAAAAUCCAGAAUUUCCAGAAGAUAAGUAAUGAGAUUAUUGAGAAAUUGGUAUCCAGUUGUAUUGAUUUGAAAGCAACUUUCUUACUACCAUAUUUAUUUAAAUUUUCCCCUCAAAUGGAUUUGUUUGUAAAAAAGCUAUAUGACUUAACAUCAUACCAAUUAUUUUUAAUAUGGAAACAUUUCUCAUUUGAAGAUAUAAUGUCUUAUAAGAAAUUGAUGUAUAGGUUAGUAAGCACUUUAGGUAGAAAUGAAAAAAUAGUAAUUACAGAUGAAGAAAAAGCUGCUUAUAUCAAUAUUCGUAAACAAUUGGAUAUGGUUAAAGGGCAAUUAAUUGCAGAUCAUGAUCUUGAAAUUAAUGCUAUUGAGAUAUUUAGUACAUCAGAUUCAUUCGAAAAGUUGUUGGAACAAAUUGUUUCUGUUGAAUUACAUAAAACGGAUAUAAAAUUAGCUAAAAGCAUUUUGAGAAGUAUUGGUGUUUUUAAGAAUGACACUAAAUCUUUCUUGGAAUUGUAUCAUAUUUGUGUGUCUGCAUUUCCAGGAAAAGAGGAAGAAUUAUUUUUUGAAGCCUUCCUGUCAUUAACAUACCAGGGAUAUAAGACUUCCAAUGAAACAGCUCUACAAUUUGCAGAAGCUUAUAUUCCAGAGACAGCUACAGAUCUAACAAGAACAAAGAUACUUUGUGUUCAAAUUCUGGCUAAUGCUAAAUUUAAUAUUGAUGAAUCAUUAAAUAUAUAUAACGCCAAUAUACAGAAAUUGAAUAGGGACAAAGAUGAAGUUACUAAUCUUUCACAAGCUGAUGCAGUUACAGAAUCCUUAAUAUUAGCGUAUCUGUCAAAUAGAGACCUAGACUUUGCAAGGGUAAUUUUUGAAGGUGCAGCUAAUGGGAAACUUCUUAGCGGGCCCACAGCAAUUAAAAGAAUGAAGGGAUGGUUAUCCAUGUAUGGUGAAGCUGUAGAAAAUGGAGAUGUAGAUGCUACCAUGGAGAAUCAAGUUAAACUUUAUUUACAAAAUAUAUAA